CACAUUUCUCGAAUGCGCGUAUACCUUUCUUCGUAAAACAUUGCUCCACUGAUAAGGAAAAGCCGAAAAACAAAACUCGAAUGUAAAUAACACGUCAACUGUAAAGUUUUUGUCGAGAUCAUCGUACCGAAACGGAAGUUUUUACUAGCAGAAAAUAGUUUUCUUGAAGAAAAAAACAGCAUCGCAGAAAUGUCCCUUGAAAACGGAUCGAACAAAAAGCGAAGGCUAUCCCUGGAGAACCAUUUGGCCACCGAAUCCGAAGGUAGCAGCUCAUCGGAUCCAAAUCGCCGGGUAGCAUUGAUUACCGGCAUUACCGGGCAGGAUGGAUCCUAUCUGGCAGAGUUUCUCCUGAAGAAGGAUUACGAAGUGCAUGGCAUAAUACGGCGGGCCAGCACAUUUAACACGUCGCGAAUCGAGCAUCUGUAUGCCGAUCCCCAUAGCCACAAGCAGGGCAAAAUGAAGCUCCAUUACGGCGAUAUGACCGACAGCAGUUGCCUGGUGAAGAUCAUAUCCAGCGUCCGGCCCUCGGAAAUUUACAACCUGGCGGCGCAGAGUCACGUCAAGGUGUCGUUCGAUCUCAGCGAGUACACGGCGGAAGUGGACGCCGUGGGGACAUUGAGGCUGCUGGAUGCCAUCAGGACCUGUGGGCUGGAGAAAUCUGUCCGGUUCUAUCAGGCAAGUACCUCAGAACUGUAUGGAAAAGUCGUUGAAACGCCACAGAAUGAGAAGACGCCUUUCUAUCCACGAUCUCCGUAUGCCUGCGCCAAGAUGUACGGAUACUGGAUUGUGAUCAACUAUCGGGAAGCUUACAAUAUGUUUGCAUGUAAUGGUAUUCUGUUCAAUCACGAGUCGCCUCGUCGAGGAGAGAAUUUCGUGACCAGGAAAAUCACCCGAUCGGUGGCGAAAAUAUCCCUGAAUCAGAUGGAUUGCCUGGAGCUGGGCAAUUUGGACUCGAAGCGUGACUGGGGUAACGCUCAGGACUACGUGGAAGCCAUGUGGAUGAUGUUGCAACAGCCCCAGCCUCAAGACUACGUAAUUGCCACUGGCGAGUGCCACUCGGUGAGAGAAUUUGUCGAGCAUUCCUUCAGGCACAUUGGGCGCGAAAUUGAGUGGCGGGGAGAAGGAUUGAACGAGGUCGGAGUGGAAAAGGGAACCGAUACCGUGCGAGUCCGGAUCAAUCCGAAGUUCUUCCGGCCAACUGAGGUGGAUUUGCUGCUGGGUGAUGCCAGCAAGGCCAAACGAGAACUGGGUUGGACGCCAAAGGUGUCUUUUUUGCAGCUGGUUUCCGACAUGAUGGUAGCCGACAUUGAACUGAUGAAAAAGAACCCAAAUGCUUGAAGAUUUAUAGAAACGAUUGACGUCAAAGUUGCAGGGCAACAAUAUACAUCAACCUUUCAAGAUGGACAUUCCUUGUGCAAAGUUUCAAAGCAAAUUAAAUUUCACAUAAUUUAAAUUUUUGUAAAGUAUUUUUUGUGUUUAAACUUUUUUUUUUCUAUUGUUCGGCGUCUGGUAGAACUAGCAAAAGUAGUUCCAAUUCGAGCAAGGAUCGCGCUUCUAAUUUUGGAUCCACAUUUAAAAUAUAACGACGCAGCAAACAGAAACAAGGGUUUACAACACUAAUAUUCAUAUGCAAAGUGUACCUAUUUUAUAGUUUAGCUUUUCAAGGCUUUCUUUCGAUUCUAGAUACAAUCUAUUGUAACUAAUUAUCUAUAGUUUUUAAACACUUAACAGUGUCACAUUUUAGUGUCAUAAUAAUCACAUUUUAUGUAAAAAUAAACCAACUAGUAUGCAAGAUCGAGAAAACAAUAAACACUUUUACCAUACUUA